AUGGCUUCAGCGUUCGGGACCGCCUCCACUUGCGGCAUCAAGCCUGCACCUGCCGGCGUUGCGCUUGCUGCGCCCAAGAAGCACCUUUCCCUGGUUUCGCCCUCGCUGGUUUCGCUUCCGCGCAAGAUGAGGCCCCAGAGGAAGUGCAAUUUCAGAGUAAACGCCGCAAAGGAGCUGCACUUCAACAAGGAUGGCUCGGCUAUCAGGAAACUGCAAAAUGGGGUCAACAAGCUUGCAGAUCUCGUUGGGGUUACUCUUGGACCAAAGGGACGGAAUGUAGUCCUCGAGAGCAAGUAUGGCUCACCUAAAAUUGUCAAUGAUGGUGUCACUGUGGCAAAGGAGGUUGAACUUGAGGACCCUGUUGAAAAUAUUGGUGCUAAAUUGGUCCGCCAAGCUGCUGCUAAAACAAAUGACUUGGCUGGUGAUGGGACAACCACUUCGGUCGUCCUUGCUCAAGGGAUGAUUACCGAGGGUGUAAAGGUUGUAGCUGCUGGUGCUAAUCCAGUGCAGAUCACCCGUGGUAUUGAGAAAACAGCCAAAGCGCUAGUCAGCGAACUCCAAAAGAUGUCCAAGGAGGUUGAGGACAGUGAGCUUGCUGAUGUUGCUGCAGUUAGUGCUGGAAAUAACUAUGAAAUUGGGAAUAUGAUAGCUGAGGCUAUGAAAAAGGUUGGGCGGCAGGGAGUGGUCACACUUGAAGAAGGAAAGAGUGCUGAAAAUAACCUCUAUGUUGUAGAGGGAAUGCAGUUUGACCGUGGCUAUAUUUCUCCCUACUUUGUAACUGACAGUGAAAAAAUGACAGUCGAGUAUGAGAACUGCAAGCUGCUCCUUGUGGACAAGAAAAUUAACAACGCCAGAGAUCUUAUCACUAUCCUGGAGGAUGCUAUUAGAAGUGGAUAUCCAAUUCUAAUAGUCGCAGAGGAUAUUGAGCAGGAAGCUCUUGCAACGCUUGUGGUUAAUAGGCUUAGAGGUGCAUUGAAGAUUGCUGCUAUCAAGGCCCCUGGUUUUGGAGAGCGAAAGAGUCAAUAUCUUGAUGACAUUGCUACUCUCACUGGAGGCACUGUCAUCAGAGAAGAAGUUGGAUUAUCCUUAGACAAGGCAGACAAUCAGGUCCUAGGAACUGCUGCCAAGGUUGUAGUAACUAAGGAUUCAACGACAAUAGUGGGAGAUGGCACUACACAGGAGGAAGUAAACAAAAGGGUGACCCAAAUCAAGAACCAGAUUGAGGCUACUGAACAAGAAUAUGAGAAAGAAAAACUAAACGAGAGGAUAGCUAAACUCUCUGGUGGUGUUGCUGUCAUUCAGGUAGGAGCACAGACAGAAACUGAGCUUAAGGAAAAGAAACUGAGGGUUGAGGAUGCCCUGAAUGCUACAAAGGCAGCAGUUGAGGAAGGUAUUGUUGUUGGUGGUGGCUGUACCCUUCUGAGGCUUGCAUCAAAAGUUGAUGCAAUUAUAGAAACCCUUGAGAAUGAUGAACAGAAGGUUGGGGCUGAAAUUGUAAGGAAGUCCUUGAGCUAUCCACUUAAAUUGAUUGCAAAGAAUGCAGGUGUUAAUGGCAGUGUGGUUACUGAGAAGGUUCUUGCCAAUGAGAACUUCAGGUAUGGGUACAACGCGGCUACAGGGAAGUACGAGGAUUUGAUGGCUGCUGGUAUCAUUGAUCCCACCAAGGUUGUGAGGUGCUGCUUGGAGCAUGCUGCGUCGGUGGCGAAAACCUUCCUCACCUCUGAUGCCGUUGUCGUUGACAUCAAGGAGCCUGAGCAAGCACCUGCUCCUGCAAACCCAAUGGGUGGUGGCUCAGGUUUUGGGUUCUAA